CUUCAGUAGCCGCUCGUACGUCGACUGGAAAACCUUCCACGUCGUUACGUCGUCGUGUCCUUAUACGCGCCGUCGACGACGAGAGAUCGCGAAGUGGGCUCGCGCGACCUACGCGACCCCUCGAUCUUCCAAUUCCGUGUCCAUAUUUUUUCUUUUAUUCCGUUUUCGAAUUACCGUGAUCAAUCGUUAUCUAAAGUUUAACGCGAACGAUUAUAUAUAUAAAAAAAAGAAAAGAACAAUAUAUCGAGGAAUAUAUAUAUAUAUAUAUAUAUAGUGCAGUGUCUCUGAAUCAAUGGAUCGUCUCUCGCCCAUGGAUCUCACUGGAGCUCGAAAGUGUUAAUAUGAAGGCGGAUCUGUGAUCGGGUGAAUGAGCGCGCGCGUGUAUAUGAGUGCGUAAAUCGCGAGACGAGAGCAUAUCCGAAGCAUCAUGCGAAGUGCCGCGAGAUACCGAGACGCGCGUUCCACCCGUUCCGCGUCGCUUCUUUGCGUCCUCCUCAUCGCCGUCACCGGCGUUCGCGGACUAAGCAAUGUGUCAAUCGACAUUCCACUGGCAGUGGCAGUUGGUACAACAGUCAACAUGUCUUGCAGAUAUGAUUUACAAUCGGAUACUCUUUACACUGUCAAAUGGUACAAGGGCCCGGAAUUUUUUCGAUAUGUCCCCAAGGAAUUGCCGCCGAUUGGAGUGUUUGGAGAACUUGGAGCAAAAGUCGUGACAAAUCGGAGCGAUGCGCAUCGAGUAGUCCUGAAGGAUGUGCAGCCCAAUCAUACUGGCAAAUAUCGUUGCGAAGUCUCCGGAGAUUCUCCCUCGUUUAAUACCGUAAUGGUUUCUGGUUACAUGCACGUAGCUAGUCUGCCGAACGGCCAGCCGCAGCUGCGGGUCGAGAAGCUGCGAUACGCGGUGGGCGAUACUGUACGUGGAAACUGCACGGUACCGCCGGGAAAUCCUCCAGCUAACGUGACGUGGACUGUCAAUGGCACACCGGUGAACUCAAGUUCCAUCAAGUUUAUCAACGAGACAAUUGGCGACAAUCAACAGUACAGGACAGUUGCUGAACUGGACUUCGAGACGAUGCAGGAUAGUUUCAGGAAUGGCAGAUUACAGAUCAUUUGUCACGCCAACGUCUUUCAUUUAUAUAAAGAAAAGGCUGAGAUAUCCCUGAAGGAAGAACGUCCCAGAUUGGCCUCCGUACUAGGAACACGGGAAUCCUCCUACAUUGGUAGCGCAGCCAAGAGUACCGCAGAAUACUUCUACAUCGCUGCCGUGACCGCACUGUUACUAUGCAGCCUGAGAUAACAUCAAUGAGCUCGCAAUACGUUUUACGCGCAUGAUUGUAUCGGGGAACGAAGGGAGUAAAUCGUUUGUAAAAUUUUGAAAUUAUUAAAUGGGAUAAAACUUGGGAAGAAAAAAUCUUUUGUUGAAAUAAAUACCAAGCGUAUGUUAUUCGUGUAAAUAGGAUAAAGAAAAAAGAUUUAGUGAAUUAUCUACGUGUACGCGAUCUACCUGCCCAGCGCGGGUAGAUUUGUAAUCCGAUAAAUAACAUGUCGUAUUAUUAUGUAAUAGAUCGACAAGGUGUCGCGCGCCAAACUACCGACGACUUAUUUGAAUAUUGUACCAUCUUUUCUAUCCUCUGAAUAAUGAUUUUGAUACCUCCUCUGUAACAUUGCGGCCGUCGCAAUGUGUCCUGUCAUGAUUAUAGGUAAAUACUGUUAUUGUUUAUAAAUGACAUUUUAUUUCAAUGAAUAAACAAUUCGCUUUUGUUAA